AUGUCUAAAAGAAAAAACGAGUUUUCAUCCGAAUCUUACAACAAAGGAAAAGAAAACAUUUCUAACGGUGUUCCAGCCAUCUUAAAUACGAAUGCAUCUACAAAUAUUACAACUGGUCAUACAAAUGUUCGUAGAGGUAGAAGGCCAUUAUCGACAAUUACUAAUGUUGUUGUUCCCACUGUAACACAAGAUCAGGCAAGACAUAGUCGAAAAAUUAGGAAAGUAUUAUUGGAUAACAAAAGAUCAAAAUUAGAUGGAUGUCCAUCAAACGUUGACCAUACAAUUGUCAUAACAACUGAUUCGAUACCCUCUCCUUCUAUUCCGACCGUUACCCAAAAAUUAUCUGCUUUAUCUGCAGAUAACAGCCGCUUUAGGGAAGUAAAUUUGGAGAAUACAACAUCUCCUCUGAGAAAUAGUAUAUCAUAUUCCAAUAGGAGUAUACAUCGCUCUCCUGAUAUAGAAGCAACUCCAAAUGUCAUUACUAAUCGUACUGCAUCAUUCAUGGGAACAAGCAAUUUAAGUUGUGUUACGAACAACGGUACACCACCAGCACACGCUACUCCCGGUCAUAUUGCUAGCAACAUUACGUCAUUUAGUGGCACCUCCGGUAUUCUUCAAAAUUCUUCUUUUGAAAGGUUGUCAUCCGGUAAACAUUAUUUGGACCAUGGUGACCAAUGCGUUACUUGUGAAGUAUGUAAUGCAAAGUUGUGGAAUGCAGAAAAAGGAAAAGGAAGAAAAAAGGAUGGAAAAGUUUGUUAUUUCAUUUGUUGUUCUUAUGGCAUAGUAGAGCUUCCAGAUUACAAAGAUGCAAGAGGAAGUUAUCGGAUUCUGUUUACUAACAAUGGUGAUGAAAGCAAGCACUUUUUGAAAAAUAUUCGCCGUUACAAUUCUAUGUUUGCAUUUACUUCAAUGGGUGGUAAGGUUGAUUCGACGGUUAACAGAGGCAAUGGUCCUUUUUGCUUUAGAAUUAGCGGCGAGAAUUAUCAUACAAUUGGAAGUCUUAUGCCAAUCAACGGAGCUCAACCAAAAUUUUGCCAACUAUACAUAUAUGAUACUGAAAACGAAAUUUCAAACAGGCAAUCGAUAUUUAGGGGUUCAGAUGGUGCGUCUUCUUCUUCAUCGGCAAAUGUUGAUAUUAAAUUGAUCGAACAUAUAAAGGAUGUACUAGACAAUGACAACGAGUUGGUCAAAACUUAUAGAAGAGUUAGGGAUUCCUUCCAAGACAACCCUAAUGUAAAUGUGAAGCUUCGAAUAAUUGGAGCAAGAGAAAAAGAUGGUCGCACGUAUAACUUACCAACGGCUGGUGAGAUCGCUGCUCUUAUUGUUGGUGAUAUCGAAAAUGUGGUUGACAAUAGAGAUAUUAUAGUUGAGAAUCGAACAGGUGAACUAAAAAGAAUUAGUGAGUUGCAUCCAUCAUAUCUUGCACUACAAUAUCCGAUUCUGUUUCCGUACGGAGAUGAUGGCUACAGAAUUGAUAUCCCUCAUAGAGGUGUUGUUGAUGUUGUUAAUAAAACACGUCCAAAGUGUACUAUGAGAGAGUUCUUUGCCUAUCGUAUCCAGGAUCGUAUAAAUCAGUUUUCAUUAAUCCUUAAUUCUAAGAGGCUUUUCCAGCAGUUCCUGGUUGACGCAUAUACUAUGAUAGAGAGCGAGAGACUUAGGUACAUACGAUAUCAACAAAAAGAUCUUAGGUCCGACACAUAUGAAAGUCUCCGUAAAUUACGAAGUAAAGGUCAAGAUGAUAUAUCUAAAGCUGGAAAACGCAUUUUUUUGCCGUCUUCUUUUACUGGUGGAGCACGAUAUAUGAUGCAAAACUAUUUAGACGCUAUGGCUCUGUGUAAGUGCUUUGGUUAUCCAGAUUAUUUUAUUACCAUAACAUGCAAUCCAAAAUGGCCAGAAGUUCAAGGGUUUCUCAAAGACACCAAUCUUAGUCCAGAAGAUAGGCCUGAUAUCCUGUCUAGACUCUUCAAAAUAAAACUCGAUUCUAUCUGCAAAGAUUUAAAAAAGAAUCAUCUAUUAGGCAAAGCGUCAGCAGGUAAUGUUAACAAAAUAAUUCAAUUAUUAGUCAUCAUCAAAGCUAACACUUUGUUUUAUUUUUCUGUAGCUGUUUACACUAUCGAGUUCCAAAAACGUGGUUUGCCUCAUGCACAUUUAUGCUUAUUCAUGGAACCUGAAUUCAAAUUACCUACUGUGGACCAUGUUGAUUCAUUUAUAUCUGCUGAAAUUCCAAACAGAGAAGAAGAUCCAGAAUUAUUCAUCCUGGUGAAAGAGUAUAUGAUACAUGGUCCAUGUGGUAAUGCUAGGUUGAGCUCUCCAUGUAUGGUAGAUAUGAAGUGUUCAAAAUGCUUUCCAAAAAAGUUUCAAGAUCAUACAACACUUGAUUCAAAUGGGUUUCCAUUAUACAGAAGGAGAAACAAUGGUUCUUCUGUUGUGAAAAAUAAAAUUGAGCUUGAUAACAGGAGUGUGGUUCCUUAUAACAAAAAAUUAUUGAAAAGAUAUCAAGCUCAUAUCAACGUUGAAUGGUGCAAUCAAGCCGCGUCUAUAAAAUAUCUUUUUAAAUACAUCAAUAAAGGUCCUGAUCGAGCCACUAUAGCUGUUGCGCGUGGUGAUAGUCAACCGGAAGAGCAACCACAAGACGAGAUCAAAGAGUAUUACGAUUGCCGCUAUAUAUCAGCUUGCGAAGCAUCUUGGAGGAUAUUUGCUAAUGAGGUACAUUAUAGAAGACCUUCUGUUAUGAGGCUUCCAUUCCAUUUACCUGGCCAACAACCUGUUGUUUUCGGCCCUGACGAGGAUAUUAACUCCGUUCUAAACAAACCUUCAGUUAAAUCUUCAAUGUUUCUAUCAUGGAUGGAACGUAAUAAAGACCCAAAUGACCUGUUGGCACGUACACUUACAUACUUUCAGUUCCCUAUUUUUUAUGUAUGGAAGCUUGACAAGCGAGUAUGGGAACCAAGAAAAGGGAAAAAAUCAAUUGGCAGGAUUCAUUCCGUAUCUCCAACUUUAGGUGAAGCGUAUUUCUUGAGAAUUCUUCUUAACAAGGUUAGAGGACCAACAUCGUUUGACGACAUUAAAACAGUUAAUGGUAAAGUUUACGAUACAUGCAGAGAUGCUUGCUACGCACUUGGCCUUUUAGAUGAUGAUUCAGAAUAUGUAGAGGCAAUAAAAGAAGCAAAUUUAACUGGAAGCGCUUCAUACAUUCGCAAUUUAUUUUCUACGAUGUUGUUAUCCGGUAGUCUUUCUAGACCUGAGGUUGUUUGGGAAACUUCGUGGAGAUACAUGGCGGACGAUUUUGUUUACAGAUUAGCAAAAUACCAUCGAGUGACAGCGUUAUCAAUUCCGGAUCACCAACUGAAGAACUAUGUGUUGGUCGAAAUUGAAAAGUUUUUAUUGCGAAAUAAUUCUUCUUUGCGAAGAUUUGAAUCAAUGCCAUAUCCAGAUAUGUCGUCUUCAGGUAUUUCCGAUUGUCGUUUGAUAUACGAGGAGCAGGCAUAUGAUACAACAUACCUUGGAAAUCUGUACGAUAGUCAUUUGACAAUGUUAACUGAUGAACAACGCACUGUUUUUGAAGAGAUUAUGGCAGCAGUAAACAGUGAUAACGGUCAGAUUUUUUUCCUUUAUGGCUAUGGCGGAACAGGUAAAACUUUUCUAUGGAAAACAUUGUCCGCUGCAAUUAGAUCAAGAGGUCAAAUCGUGUUAAAUGUGGCUUCCAGUGGAAUUGCAUCGUUGUUGUUAGAUGGUGGCAGGACUGCACAUUCCUGGUUUAGCAUACCGUUGAAUCUUACUGAAGAUUCCGUAUGCCAAAUAAAACCAGAAAGUGAUUUGGCUAAAUUACUUCACGAGACUAAAUUGAUAAUUUGGGAUGAAGCACCUAUGGUUCACAAACAUGCAUUUGAAGCGCUCGACAGAACAAUGAAUGACGUUUUCAACAUUGACACAUCUCUAAAUUCUGAAAUCCGCUUUGGAGGUAAAGUUAUUGUUUUUGGAGGGGAUUUUAGACAAAUAUUACCUGUUGUUCCAAAUGGUGGCAAACAAGAGAUUGUUAAUGCCUCCUUAUGUUCGUCUUAUUUGUGGAGUAAAUGUAAAUUGCUAAGACUAACUAGAAACAUGAGGUUAACGGUUGGAAGAUCUACGGCUGAUGUUGAUGAAAUAAAUAGUUUUGGCAAAUGGCUUUUGGAUUUGGGUGAGGGAAACGUUGGUGGUCCAAAUGAUGGAGAAGCAACUAUUGAAAUACCACGAGAUCUUUUGAUUACUGAUCCAUUUGAUCCAAUUGGAAGUUUAAUUGAUUUUGUUUAUCCAUCAAUCUUGGAAAACGUAGACGCCCAUAACUAUUUUAGUGACCGGGCCAUACUUGCACCUAAAAAUGAAGUUGUUCGUGAGAUUAAUGACAGGUUGCUAGCAAUAUUUCCUGGUGAAGAAAAAGAGUAUCUUAGUUCUGACAGUCUUUGUCCGUCUGAAGAUGUAAAUUCUACACAACAAAGACUUUACUCUCCAGAUGUGCUCAAUGGUCUUAAAAUAUCUGGCCUACCUAAUCAUAGGUUAGUCCUUAAAGUUGGUGUUCCAGUCAUGUUAUUAAGAAAUAUUGAUCAACGGAAUGGAUUGUGCAAUGGUACAAGGCUACAAGUAAAGAAGCUGCACAACCGUGUAAUAGAAGCAGAGAUAAUAUCUGGUUCAAAUAUUGGUACUUGCACAUAUAUCCCUCGAUUAAACUUGAUACCUUCUGAUAAAAAGAUUCGUUUCUCUUUUCAAAGAAGACAAUUUCCACUGGCCGUAUGUUUUGCAAUGACCAUCAACAAAAGUCAAGGUCAAUCUCUUUCAAGAGUAGGUUUGUACCUCAAACAACCAGUCUUCUCUCAUGGUCAGUUGUAUGUUGCCUUAUCAAGGGUGAAAACAAGAAAUGGUGUGAAGAUACUCAUACUUGACAACAAUGGAAAACCUACGGAUAAAACAACUAAUGUGGUGUAUAAAGAGAUAUUCAACGAUUUGUGA